CGUAGUUGCAAAAGAGGAAGAAAAACGAAAAAAGUCGUUCAAACGACAAUUGAAAGAAGCUCAAGAAUGGGGCUACGCAGAUCUUCUUUACAAAAAGGAAGCAAUUGAAACCGAUAUAACCAUAUCAGAGGCAGAGGCAGAUAAACGAGAGGAACAGUUUGUGAAAGUACUUACACGUCAACGACGAGAAGACUAUGAGAGCUUGGGAAGGAAAAGAAGAGAAAAAGCAUGCACAAGGUUUUUUGGCAGUGCUCUUUUCGUCCUAUGUGGAAUCGCUUUCGUCUUCUAG